CUCCUGUCUCUCCCUUGUUGUCCCCAUGUGUACCUGCUCCUGGACAUCUCCUCUGCUAACCAUUCACCGUUCCUACUCUCAGGUGGUUCCAGUGGGUCUUCAAGUGACAACCCGAAUCAACGGUACACCAGCCGCUACUGCAAUGGCACCGAAGCUCAAACAGACUAUGAAAUGCACAGUCCACAGGUUCCACGGCCACCUUCCGUGCACCAUCCACUGUGGCUGUGGAACAGUGGCCACGCUCCAGUCAGCAGCAGCAGCAGCAGCAGCCUGUACCCAGCACUGCCCCCUCACCCCGUCACUGGGCUACCACCACCACCACAGCAGCAGCAGCACCUCCAAGGUAACGAGGAGCACCACCUGUACCGCCACGGGACUGCCAGAGUGCCAAUGCCACUACAGCAGCGCCAUUACCAUCACCACCACCAACACCAUCGCCAGCUGCUGCCUGGCUCCCCGACCCUGGCACCUGAGGCUGCCUCUUCAGCUCACGCCGCCUUCCUCCUCCUCUCUCCCCAGAGUCCGGACUCCACCCAGCGAGGACCUUCAGGCUUGCACCUUCGGACUAGGACCGCCUUACCUGGGCACGGCCUUUACCCUCCUGCAGUGCCCCAGGGCCCUGACACUGAGAGCCCACCAAGGCCUCCGAACCAGCAUCGCUACAGGCCCGAGCCAGACAGCACGCCCAUGAUGGGCGUCUGCCCACCACAAAGUUCCGCAGCCACGUCCUGAUGAUAACUUGACACAGAAAGGAAGGAAAAAUCUAUAUAUUAUAUACAGACGGAAAUUAAUAAAAGCCAUAACGUUGAUCAAGUGCUGCAUGGGUCAGGGGUGGGAGCGGGGUGGAUCCCUGAGUAUUUCACUGCAACUUUCUAAUCUGAGCUCAACUGUAAUUGUAAAAUUGUUUUAUUUAUUUAAUAGUCUGUGCCAGAGCUUCAAA